AUGCUGUUAGAAAAGCUCCCCCCAACGGCAUACCUUCCUACAUUUCUCUUUCUCUCCCUCUCUCUCGUGUUCGAAAACCGCACUGCGGCUCUUGCGAUUCCCGAGACCUCGCUCAACACUACUACGCCCAUCUGCAUGCGCAUGCGCAUGCGCAUGCUUUGCGAGCACAAGCCUAACUCGCGUGAGUAUUGUCGCGAGUUUGCUUCGCACUCGCUUGUGAAAGCACCUUACUGCAGGCUGUCGUGCGGGACGGACGAAGCGUGUACGGAAGCGCAGUCGUUAGACUUUGCAUCCCAACAGGCGGCGCUGUGUGCGCGGUGA